UUUUUUCUUUUAAAGCGGAGCAGCCUCCUACUCCUGCACCCCUCCUCUCUCCACUUUCCCUGUAAAGCAAACGCGCGCCAUGAGGAAGAAGGCGGCGGCCGGCGGCGGAGGUGGCGGCGGAGGGAAGGGCGUGGUGGCGACGACGACGGCGCCGACCGACCUGCUCGUCUGCUUCCCGCCGAGGCAGCACCUGGCGCUGAUGCCCAAGCCGAUCUGCAGCCCGUCGAGGACCACCGUGGACAAGGCGGUGGCCGCGCGGCGGCGGCGGCAGCAGCAGCAGCAGCUCCCGGCGGCGAGGUCUGGAGGAGGAGGAGGAGGGCGUGGGCGUGGUAGCACUAGCAGCCCGCUGUUCCGCGGGUCCAAGGCGAAGCAGGCCGCCGUCGAGGUCGACGACGAGCCGCAGUCGCCCAAGGUGACGUGCGUCGGGCAGAUCAAGGUGGCGCGCCCCAAGAAGCAGAGGAAGGUGGCCGGGAAGCCAGGUAAUGGCGGCGGCGGCGGAGGAGGAGGAGGAGGUGGGAGGAGCUGGAUCACCGUGGUGGAGGAGAUCGAGCGGCUGCACGAGCAGAGGAAGAAGGUGAGCUGGCUGGAGGCCGUCGGGAUCAGGAGGGACGCGCUCCCGUUCCUCGGCGGCGCGCUCCGGAGCCUCCGGCUCAAGGUGCGCUGCUUCGGGUCGCUCCACGGCGCGGUGGAGUCCUCCACCGACGACGAAGACGACGACGACGACGACGGCCGCGGCGCGGAGGAGCACGAAGCCGUGUCCGCCGGAUGCGGCGGCAGCGCCGCCUCGAGCGUGUUCUCGAAGUGGCUCAUGGUGCUGGAAGGCAGCGAAGAGACACCGGAGCAGGACUCCGGCGACGACGAGGAGGAGCCCGAGCGAGAAGACGACGACGAGUGCUCCAAUGCGCCGCCGUCCGCCCCACCGGCGAACGCGCUGCUGCUCAUGCGGUGCCGGUCGGCGCCGGCGAAAGGACUAGCAAGGAGACGAACAGAGGAGCCACCGCCACCGGUCGGCGAGGCGGUGCACGACGAGGGAAGCGCGGCCGCCGCCGCCGCGGGGGACGACGGCGCAGAGGAGGAGAGAGACGAGCUGGUGUUCAUGCGGACGGCGCCGGAUUUCCUGAAGCUGUCCAUAGACAUCGCCAAGGAGACGUGGAUCGUCGGCGGCGUUGACCCCCUCGCGCGGAGCCGGAGCUGGAAGAGGUGACCGACCGACCGGCCGGCCGGCGAGGAGUCCCCGGCAUCGGGAUUAUUUGUACAGUUUGUAUUUACCCUUGCGUUUUCGGUAUAAUCUUGUGACUCAAGUUGUUGUUACGUUUCCUCUAACUUGGUAAAUGGUGAUUAUAUAAAUCCAAGCUAUAGAAAUGAGGUGAAUUUAUCAUGCAA